AUGGAUCGAAACUUUCACCCAUUAAAAGGCGAUGAUCAUGAACUUUAUGGACGACAUGCGAAAGGUAUUGAAAAGAAAGUACGUGAAACAUUUCCAUCGAUUCCAUCUAAUUUUGUAUUGAAACCAGUAACUAUUCGCAAAACACAUGGAUGCGGUAUGUUUUACGAUUUUAUGAUUGCUUUACCUGAUGGUAAAUUUGCGAAAGUUUCAUUUCAUUCAGGUGGUCAUCCAAUACAACGAGCUCCUGGUGAACCAGAACCAGAGGAACAUUAUAACGUUGAUGAAACGCCAACGUCAUCAGAAUACGAGUGA